AUGUAUUCGAUCGGAAUAUUUGAAUCAAAACGCGUUCAAAUGAGUCAAAUUUCCGUUGUUUCGGAGUAUUAUGAGGCAGACAGAGUGUCUAGGUCCGUCGAUGUAUCGAUAUGUCGCGGCAUCGGCAGCCAAAUCGUGCAGGUAGAUAUGAAUGGCCGGCGCCCCGCUGCUCGUGAGUUAUGCGACGGGCCCCCGGGGCGCGGGCGCUGCCUUCACACCUCCGCCCGCGUGUGGUCCGCGGUUUACGAGCCGACCUGGCUGCUGCGCGCGCGCAUACCACGCUGUAUGCAACAGUGA